AUGAGUAAACAUAUGUAUUCGACUGCGAACCUCACGGAUAAAGAACUGAAGGAACAGGGUAAUAGACUGUUCAGCCUACGACGCUUCGAAGAUGCAAUGAACUGUUAUACAAAAGCCAUUAUAAAAAAUCCAUCUGUUGCGACAUAUUUCACAAACCGUGCAUUAUGCCACCUCAAGAUGAAGAGAUGGGAUGCUACAUGCCAAGAUUGUCGCCGAGCACUUGACAUAGACACUAACCAUGUCAAGGGACACUUCUUCUUGGGACAGGCUUUAGUGGAGCUGGAGUGCUAUGAUGAGGCUAUCAAACAUUUACAUAGAGCGAGCGACUUGGCACGAGAACAAAAGUUGAAUUUUGGUGAUGAUAUUGCUGCACAAAUCCGCCUAGCUAGGAAAAAAAGAUGGAAUGUACAAGAGGAGAAACGUAUUGCACAGGAAAUUGAAUUACAAACUUAUUUGAAUAGGCUAAUAACAGAAGAUAUGCAGCGUAGAAUAGAAGCACUGAAAAUAGAUGAUAAUAAUGUGAACGAAGAAGAAUUGAGUGCCAAGGGAGCUAAAAUCGAAGAGGAAUGUAAUAACUACAGUAGUGAAUUAAAUAAUUUAUUCUCAAAAAUGGACGAGAGAAGAAGGAAACGUGAUGUGCCUGACUAUUUAUGUGGGAAAAUUAGUUUCGAGAUCUUGAACGAGCCGGUGAUUACUCCAAGUGGUAUCACGUAUGAGAAGAAGGAUAUUGAAGAACAUUUGGAGCGCGUUGGCCACUUCGACCCCGUGACUCGCGUGAAGUUGACCGCGGACCAGUUGAUCCCCAACUUCACGAUGAAAGAAGUCAUAGAUGCUUUUCUGCAGGAGAACGAGUGGGCGCUCGACUAUUGA